AUGCGUUUGCGCGACUUCUCUUCUCGUUUCCCAUUCAGCCCCUGUCAUCCCAUCCUAUUGGUUGGAUUUUUGUUUGACAUGAAUUGUUGGCAGUGCGGAUUGGUCCGUUUUUCGUCAGUAAUGCACGAUUUAAUUGGUUAUCACAGACUGGGGUUGAUGUAUGUUUUCAUCCAACACACUAGUACAAUGUAACAGAGUGGCGUAAGAGAGGUCAAAAGUGCGACAUUUAAUCUGACAUAAAUUAAUGUCUCAUUGUGAUGGUCAACAUACAGGUAACUGCCAUAAUAAAGGAAACACCAACAUAAAGUGUCUUAAUGGUCCAAUGCAGCUGUUUAUUUAAGUGAUAAUGCCCGAGUAGCCGGUGUUUGGACGAUAUAUUUGUCGAGGGCCGGAAAACCGUGCCAAUAUAUCCCCGGAACACCGGCUUGGAGGGCAUUAUCACUUUUAUACAACGGCUUACCAACAUAUUCAACUAAUGAUUUACAUAUUUUCCUUGAAAACGUUAUUUUGAUGAAUUUAUUCAUACUAUUUCAUCCUUCCACAAAUCUAGGGUUGCUACCCAAGCCGGCUGGUCUUUCGUUCUAUCGGUUCGGUUGCCAGAGAUGCAACCCAGUCGUUCCGUCUUUUUGUUCGGUAUAUGGAUGCGACCCAGUCAUUCGGUCUAAAUGUUCUAUUGCUAUAACAAUGAGCUAAUGAUGGGCGAUUUCACCUGGCCAGGGUUGACAGGUGUAGCUCAAAUAUCUAGCCCAAUGACCACUCAAAACCUGCAGAAAAGGCCUGAAAACUAGCUCUUUUUUUUCACAGCAAGAGAGGAGUUGCCAUAUCUAUACAAUAAACGUAUUUUCUGUAACCUUAUCGAGCCAAUCUAGAAGGAAUAUCAUAGUAACUUGUAACAAUGUUAGAAGCAAAAUUCGGUUUUCUUCAAAAGACUAAUUAUUGCAAGCUAUGACAUGACCUAAUAAAGGAAUUGGAAUAUAUCCUAAGAGAAAAUAUAAUUUGCCCUUAUUAAACUCGCCAGAUCAUUUUCUAUCAAUGGAUGUUGAUUUAACUCAUUUGACUGCUAUGAUUAAGCAAUAAGGCACAAGGGAGUAUGGUAUAUGGCCAAUAUACCACGGCUAAGGGAUGUUCUUAAACAUGACCCAACAUGGAGUGCCUGGAUACAGCCGUUAGCCGUGGUAUAUUGGUCAUAUACCACAAACCCCCGGGGUGCCUUAUUGCUAUUAUAAACUGGUUACCAACGUAAUUAGAACAGUAAAAAAAAAAAAAAAGAUCAUACCCAUGGUAUAUGGUCGGUUAUAAACUGGGUGGCUCGAGCCCUGAAUGCUGAUUGGCUAUAGCCGCUGAUAGGCCUAUAUCUCUUUUUAGAUAGUCUACAGUAGCCUAGACAAGAUGUAGGCAAGAUGUAAACUGAACGAUUUAGCAGCUUGCUUAGUUCAAAUUAACAUACACAUUUAUUCAACAUGAAUAGCGAGGCGAUUUCGAGGGAAGAAGUGCUUGUGUUUCCCAAUAGCCUGCUGGAAUAGGCUACUGAGGAUGGGGUCAUAUUUUCAAUCACUGAAUUAAAUAUUUAUAUUUAUAUGUACUGAAUACAGCCAGUGUUUAUUUUUUUAGAUGAUUUUUUUAGAUGUUUUUUUAGAUGUUUAGAUGUAUCAUCACAACUUCCAUUUCAAAUUUCCACUCGGGCAGCCCCCGAGACCCAAGAACUGAGCAUGCAUAAAACAUUUAGCUUGAUACUGUUUUCGUUAAGUAAAGUCAAUAUUAGAAUGCAGUUUAAACCACCUCCGAGCUAAUUUAUGUAAUGUGCUCUAGUGCGCCCAAAGUUGUUUUCCAGUGCUUUGUCUCCAUUAUUUCUUGAAGGGUGGGAAAUAGGUUGGUGUCUCCAUAAUGACGAUCUAAAUAGCCUACCUACAACUGGUAAAAAUUUGUCACUAGCUGCCAAUAACUGGAGUGCUCUCUCAACACAAACACACAAACAUACACACACACACACACACACACCCCUCUGGCCCUCCCCACCACUCACUCACUCAGCAACAGCCAGCCUCACUGCCUGACAGUCAGCAGCAUGUCACAGUGAAGUAUAUAUAUUUUAAGAGAAAUCCCAUGGCGGCCGCGGUGCAACUUAAAAAUAGCCCAAAAACCCGCAACUCACGAACAAUACAUUUUCACCAGCGACAUCGUUUUAAAAGUAGCCACAUUUUGCUAGAAAAUCGCGAACAUGGCAACACUACACCUGGCAUACAAAAUGUGCUCUCUUGUCAGGACACUGUUGUUCAGAGGAGCUAGCCUACAACACAGCAAACAGGAUCAGUUCAAACUGAUGCUGGGAAGACUGCAGACCAGUGGCGAUUUUAGAAUGUAAAUCUUGGUGGGGCAAACUCCCCCCAAAUUUGUUUUAUGCAUGCCAGCAAUGCCACUACACAACACAACACAACACUACACUACAGUAAACAAUAGAUUCAUUGCACUAUAGCAGUGACAAAUGGUGCCCACAAACUGUUAGGGCCCACAUUAAGCUGUCCCAACAGCAGCGCAUUCUUUCAGCACCAUGGAGUGAAUCAUUACCCAGUGGUGGAAAAAGUACUCAAUUGUCAUACUUGAGUAAAAGUAAAGAUACCUUAAUAGAAAAUAACAAGUAAAAGUGAAAGUCACCCAGUAAAAUAGUGUUUGAGUAAAAGUCUAAAAGUAUUUGGUUACAAAUAUACUUACAGUGCCUUAUAAAAGUAUUCAUCCCCCUUGGCGUUUUUCUUAUUUUGUUGCAUUACAACCUGUAAUUUAAAUGGAUUUUUAUUUGGAUUUCAUGUAAUGGACAUACACAAAAUAGUCAAAAUUGGUGCAGUGAAAUGAAAAAAUAUAAUAAAUAACGGAAAUGUGGUGUGUGCAUAUGUAUUCACCCCUUUGCUAUGAAGCCCCUAAAUAAGAUCUGGUGCAACCAAUUACCUUCAGAUGUCACAUAAUUAGUUAAAUAAAGUCCACCUGUGUGCAAUCUAAAUGUCACAUGAUCUGUCACAUGAUCUCAGUAUAUGUACACCUGUUCUGAAAGGCCCCAGAUUCUGCGACACCACUAAGCAAGAGGCACUACCAAGCAAGUGGCACCAUGACCAAGGAGCUCUCCAAACAGGUCAGGGACAAAGUUGUGGAGAAGUACAGAUCAGGGUUGGGUUAUAAAAACAUAUCCGAAACUUUGAACAUCCCACGGAGCACCAUUAAAUCCUUAUUAAAAAAUGGAAAGAAUAUGGCACCACAACAAACCUGCCAAGAGAGGGCCGCCCACCAAAACUCACAGACCAGGCAAGGAGGGCAUUAAUCAGAGAGGCAACAAAGAGACCAAAGAUAACCCUGAAGGAGAUGCAAAGCUCCACAGCGUAGAUUGGAGUAUCUGUCCAUAGGACCACUUUAAGCCGUACACUCAACAGAGCUUGGCUUUACAGAAGAGUGGCCAGAAAAAAGCCAUUGCUUAAAGAAAAAAAUUUGCAAACAUGUUUGGUGUUCACCAAAAGGCAUGUGGGAGACGGUACUCUGGUCAGAUGAGACUAAAAUUUAGCUUUUUGGCCAUCAAGGAAAAGGCUAUGUCUGGCGCAAACCCAACACCUCUCAUCACCCCGAGAACACCAUCCCCACAGUGAAGCAUGGUGGUGGCAGCAUCAUGCUGUGGGGAUGUUUUUCAUCGGCAGGGACUGGGAAACUGGUCAGAAUUGAAGGAAUGAUGGAUGGCGCUAAAUACAGGGAAAUUCUUGAGGAAAACCUGUUUCAGUCUUCCAGAGAUUUGAGACUGGGAUGGAGGUUCACCUUCUAGCAGGACAAUGACCCUAAGCAUACUGCUAAAGCAACACUUGAGUGGUUUAAGGGGAAACAUUUAAAUGUCUUGGAAUGGCCUAGUCAAAGCCCAGACCUCAAUCCAAUUGAGAAUCUGUGGUAUGACUUAAAGAUUGCUGUACACCAGCAGAACCCAUCUAACUUGAAGGAGCUGGAGCUGUUUUGCCUUGAAGAAUGGGCAAAAAUCCCAGUGGCUAGAUGUGUCAAGCUUAUAGAGACAUACCCCAAUAGACUUGCAGCUGUAAUUGCUGCAAAAGGUGGCUCUACAAAGUAUUGACUUUGGUUAUGUUAUGCACGCUCAAGUUUUCAGUUUUUUUGUCUUAUUUCUUGUUUGUCUCACAAAAAAAAAUAUUUUGCAUCUUCAAAAUGGUAGGCAUGUUGUGUAAAUCAAAUGAUACAUCCCCCCAAAAAAUCCAUUUUAAUUCCAGGUUGUAAGGCAACAAAAUAGGAAAAAUGCCAAGGGUGGUGAAUACUUUCGCAAUCCACUGUAAGUAUCAAAGGUAAAUGGAAUUGCUCAAAUAUACGUUAGUAUCAAAAGUAAAAGUAUAAAUCAUCUCAAAUUCCUUAUAUUAAGUGAACCAGAUGGCACAAUAUUCUUGAGUUUUCUUUAUUUACCUCCAACAUUCAGACAUAAUUUACAAAUAAAGCAUUUGUGUUUAGUGAGUCCGCCAGAUCAGAGGCAGUAGGGAUGACCAGGGAUGUUCUCUUGAUAAGUGCGUCAAUUGGACCAUUUUCAUGUCAAAAUGUAACGUGUACUUUUGGGUGUCAGGGAAAAUGGAUGGAGUAAAAAGUACAUUAUUUUCUUUAGGAAUGUAGUGAAGUAAAAGCAAAACUUGGCAAAAAUAUAAAUAGUAAAGUAAAGUACAGAUACCCUAAAAAAACUACUUAAGUAGUACUUUAAAGUAUUUUUACUUCGGUACUUUACACCACUGUCCUUACCACUGCUACACUUGGCUAUCAGCAGAGCCUUGUCUGGCAGCAAAACAGUUAAUUCAACCUUAUUUACUGCCUUUAAAAAACAUAGCUUAGGUUUCUGCUGACAAUUGAGAUAUACAAACUAUGGUAUAAGGGGACGACGAGCGGAUAAGGGGCAAUCCGUAAUUUCGAUUAAGACAUUAAUGAGCGAGCUAGGAUGGACGUAGUCAAUAUAACUAUUUGUUCAGUACUUUUGAAAUGUACAGCGACAGAAUUCAGAACAUGGGCCGUUCUUACAGUAUUCUCCCUGUACACCAAGUCAGAAACUUAGGACAAAUAAAGGGGGCAUAUAAGCAGACAAUGAAAGCUCUUACAAUAUUCAAUGAUUACAUUUCUCUAAAACAGGCUAUAGGCUACAUGUGCACCACCAAGUCAGAACAGUAGGCUAAGUUAUGGGUGAAAGGGACCAAAUUAUUAGGGUGAGGCACAUGGGCUACUAAUGGUUACUACACAAAAUACACUUAGUAUCACUUUCUUAGCUACAGUAUACAUAUCUCCCUGGCAUAUUACAUCAUUUAUGCAGCAGCAUACAAUACAUUUUCCGAGUUGGAUGACCGUUCAAAAUGUAUUUUCCCAGUCGUAGCUUAUUUUUUUCUGAUAUCCCAGUUGUCUUGAACUCACUGAGGUCUGAGAUUUUCCAGUUGUUUUGAACGUGGCAGAAGUCAUGCUGGAUUGACAGCAUGGCCAAUGUAUUCAACCUUUUCUGGCCCAUGGUGUUGAAUGUUUAUCCUUUUAAGCUUGAAAAAGAGACCCGUAAACCUAGACUUGGACCACACACUCACUCCACUGAAUAGCAGGCUAGUGAUUGCUUUGCAACACUUGCAGUUAGCCACUGAUUCCUUCCAAACCAUUAAUUGUUGAAUUUGCGAUUUCCAACUUGUUGUGCAAUGUUUAUGUCCAAUGGCCGAUGAGCACCGAUACGUUUUAUCUAUAAUUUCUCUUCAUAUGACAAGAAUUGAAAAGGAUUUGCCAGUAGAUUGUCGACUUGAUUCAUGAUGAUGACUGCUUGACUAGCUUUCUAGCUAAGAUUUUGAAAGUAUGAUAUUGACAUGAUCAUUCCAGUCAAAGCUACAGUAGAUAAGACAUGAUUUAACAUAAUUGUAUCUGUGGCCAAUGACCUUGAGCCUUCUUGGAUGGGCACUUCUAAUGUAACUAUGGCAGCACCCAAGGGGCUUGAAUUUUCGAGCUCUCCCCGUAGAUUUUGCGAUGACAUAAUGUCCCUGUGAGUGACAGAACACUGAGCCAAUCACGGCGAACAUUACCAACCUACGCUCUGUAUUUUCAGCUGGCUGCCCCACCACCACAGAAAGCACUGAGCUAGGCUGAAACACCUGCAUUUUGGAGCUGCCUUACUCAAGAAAGCAAAAAUGAGACCAUGUUUGUAUGCAGCUUUAUUAACUCAAUGAUUAUUAUUUUUUACAUUAUAUGCAAACUGAUAUGUGACAGGUAUUAAUGCCAAAAUACCAUGCAAAACAGGCAACCCCACGCCCCCCCCCCUAAAAAAAGCUGGGGCUCUGAUAGAUAGAUGGAUGAUAUUCAUAUGCUCCGAGCUCCAACAGUGCAGGUAAAAAAAUAAGUGAAUGAGACAAUAAUAAACAAAAAAUAUAUAUAUACACAUUUACAACCGUAGGCUGUCUCGUCGUUGUUGGUAAUCAGGCCUACUACUGUCGUGUCGUCAGCAAACUUUUGCAAAAUGAAUGUGAAAUGUCAGAAUAAUAGUAGAGAGAAUGAUUUAUUUCAGCUUACAAGUUUACAUACACUCAAUUAGUAUUUGGUAGCAUUGCCUUUAAAUUGUUUAACUUGGGUCAAACGUUUCGGGUAACCUUACACAAGCUUCCCACAAUAAGUUGGGUGAAUUUUGGCCCAUUCUUCCUGACAGAGCUGGUGUAACUGAGUCAGGUUUAUAGGCCUCCUUGCUCGCACACGCUUUUUCAGUUCUGCCCACAAAUGUUCUAUAGGAUUGAGGUCAGGGAUUUGUGAUGGCCACUCCAAUACCUUGACUUUGUUGUCCUUAAGCCAUUUUGCCACAACUUUGGAAGACCCAUUUGCGACCAAGCUUUAACUUCCUGACUGAUGUCUUGAGAUGUUGCUUCAAUAUAUCCACAUAAUUUUCCUUCCUCACGAUGCCAUCUAUUUUGUGAAGUGCACCAGUCCCUCCUGCAGCAAAGCACCCCCACAGCAUGAUGUGCCACCCCCGUGCUUCACGGUUGGGAUGGUGUUCUUCGGCUUGCAAGGCGCCCCCUUUUUUUCCAAACAUAACGAUGGUCAUUAUAGCCAAACAGUUCUAUUUUUGUUUCAUCAGACCAGAGGACAUUUCUCCAAAAACGAUAUUUGUCCCCAUGUGCAGUUGCAAACCGUAGUCUGGCUUUUUUUAUGGCGGCUUUGGAGCAGUGGCUUCUUCCUUGUUGAGCGGCUUUUCAAGUUAUGUCGAUGGAUAUAGUUUUACUGUGGAUAUAGAUAGUUUUGUACCUGUUUCUUCCAGCAUCUUCACAAGGUCCUUUGCUGUUGUUCUGGGAUUGAUUUGCACUUUUCGCACCAAAGUACGUUCAUCUCUAGGAGACAGAACGCGUCUCCUUCCUGAGCGGUAUGACGGCUGUGUGGUCCCAUGGUGUUUAUACUUGUGUACUAUUGUUUGUACAGAUGAACGUGGUACCUUCAGGCGUUUGGAAAUUGCUCCCAAGGAUGAACCAGACUUGUGGAGGUCUACAUUUUUUUUUCUGAGGUCUAGGCUGAUUUCUUUUGAUUUUCCCAUGAUGUCAAGCAAAGAGGCACUGAGUUUGAAUGUAGGUCUUGAUAUACAUCCACAGGUACACCUCCAAUUGACUCAAAUGAUGUCAGUUAGCCUUUCGGAAGCUUCUAAAUAUUUUUCUGGAAUUUUCCAAGCUGUUUAAAGGCACAGUCAACUUAGUGUAUGUAAACUUCUGACCCACUGGAAUUGUGAUAUAGUGAAUUAUAAGUGAAAUAAUCUGUAUAUGAGUGACAGCUAGCAAGAGGCACAUCAUGUACACACAGCAGAGCAAGAGAGAGCGCAAUGCCUUGGUGCACAAAACUGCACAUGUGACAUAGUACAACAUUUUCCUGGACCACUUUUGGCUCGUGAGUGCUACUUGCAGAACUACUGGCAAAAAAAAUUAUUUUAAAAAUGUAAUGGUCAGAAAUAAACAAAAAUAGCUACUUAGCAAAGAGCAAUUUCUCAAGCAAUAAUUUUGCUAGGACUGUCUGGGAGUGGUCUGAGUGGGGAGGGGAAAACUAGCUGUUAUUGCCAGAGAGGUUUGGGUUCUCUUUCUUAUUGGUCUAUUAACUAAUUUACCACCUGGUGAUGUCAGCAGGCAGGCCAAAACUCCAUCCCACCAAAACAGGCUGAAAUUUCAGGUGGUCUCUUCAAACAGCUCUUACACUAAAAGGGCAUUAUCAAAAUGUUCACAAUUUCACAGUAUUAUUCCAACCCCAUAGUGUGGAAAUAUAUAUAAAACAAGAAAAAUAACGUUUUUUACUUCACUGGUCCUUUAAUAAGGCAUUUCCUUUAUUCUGGCAGUUACCUGUAUAUUGUGUGUAUAUGGACUGCCAAAAUUAUGGAAACACCAAGAUAAAGUGUCUUAAUUGGUUGUUGGGCCACCACGAGCCAGAACAGCUUCAAUGCACCUUGGUGUAUAUUCUACUAGUGUCUGGAACUCUAUUCCAUCAUUUGGUGUUUUGUUGAUGGUGGUGGAAAACGCUGUCUCAGGCGCCUCUCCAGAAUCUCCCAUAAGUGUUCAAUUGGGUUGAGAUCUGGUGACUGAGAUGGCCAUGGCAUAUGGUUUACAUUGUUUUAAUGCUCAUCAAACCAUAUAGUGACCACUCGUGCCCUGAGGAUGGGGGCAUUGUCAUCCUAUGGGGGCAUAGCCAUGGUAUCCAAAAUAAUGGCCUGCCCAGCAUUUUUAUACAUGACCCUAAGCGUGAUAGGAUGCUAAUCGUUUAAUUAACUCAAGAACCACACCGUUGUGGAAGCAAUUUGUAUCCCUCAUUUACUCAAGUGUUUUCAUUAGUUUGGCAAUUACCUGCAUAAUAGCAUUUGUUCAACUACAAAUGUGUUUUAAGUGUGUGUUUAGCCUUAUUUCUGUGGGAGAGAGCUGCUCAUGCAGCCUGUGAUGUUUUGACUUGUGUGUUUGGGCGUGUGUGUGUGCAUCUUAGUCUGUGUGUGUAUCUUUGCAGCAUGAGUGUGUGUCUGAGUUGGUCUCUCUCUUUCAGCCGUGCACAAGGAAGUGGUUUACCUACUGUAUCUACACCGGAAACUCACACGACACUAACUCCCAUCACUCUUUUUCUUCUCUCCACUCCUCUAUAGGUGUUCAGUCUAUCUCUACAGCCUACCUCUCUGUCUCUCCCUCUGUCUCUCAAUGUUAGCCAGGUGUCUGUGUUCACUAUGCUCCCCAGGGUAAUCUUGAAGGGGAGUCUCAUCAAGAAAUCUCAACAGAAGCGAAGGACGUCGCCCUGUAAUUACAAGGAAAGGUUCUUUGUCUUGGACAUCCCAGGACCUGACGUAUUCUGAACACCGCCCUGGGGUAUGUAACAUUUUUAUUGUUAAAUUGUGUGGUUUGUUUGUUUAUUUAUCAAUUGCUGGCAAGAAUGACAUGUUGUUGAAAUACGUUUACAUUUGACACCUCAGCAGUGUCAUUUUAAAAAUCAUAUGUUGAGUUAUGAAGACAUCUUGCUUUUACAUGACAGUUACUGUAUGGGUGUUGUAUUGUUUUGAUGUGCAAAUAUACAUGUAAAAGGGGGGGGGGUAUACAGAAGAUAGCCCUAUAUUGGAUGAUCUCUGCAUAUAUAUUUCCCACCGUAAAGCAUGGAGGAGGUGGUGUUAUGGUGUGGGGGUGCUUUUCUGGUGACACUGUCUGUGAUUUAUUUAAGGCACACUUAACCAGCAUGGCUACCACAGCAUUCUGCAGCGAUACGCCAUCCCAUCUGGUUUGGGCUUAGUGGGACAAUCAUUUGUUUUUCAACAGGACAAUGACCCAACACACCUCCAGUCUGUGUAAGGGCUAUUUUACCAAGAAGGAGAAUGAUGGAGUGCUGCAUCAGAUGACCUGGCCUCCACAAUCCCCCGACCUCAACCCAAAUUGAGAUGGUUUGGGAUGAGUCGGACCGCAGAGUGAAGGAAAAGCAGCCAACAAGUACUCAGCAUAUGUGGGAACUCUUUCCUGUUUGGUUACUACAUGAUUCCAUAUGUGUUAUUUCAUAGUUUUGAUGUCUUCACUAUUAUUCUACAAUGUAAAAAAUAGUGUUUCCAAACUUUUGACUGGUAGUGUAUAUAUAUAUAUAUAUAUAUAUAUAUAUAUAUAUAUAUAUAUAUAUAUAUAUAUACAGUGGGGAGAACAAGUAUUUGAUACACUGCCGAUUUUGCAGGUUUUCCUACUUACAAAGCAUGUAGAGGUCUGUAAUUUUUAUCAUAGGUACACCAACUGUGAGAGACGGAAUCUAAAACAAAAAUCCAGAAAAUCACAUUGUAUGAUUUUUAAGUAAAUAAUUUGCAUGACAUAAGUAUUUGAUCACCUACCAACCAGUAAUAAUUCCAGCUCUCACAGACCUGUUAGUUUUUCUUUAAGAAGCCUUCCUGUUCUCCACUCAUUACCUGUAUUAACUGCACCUGUUUGAACUCGUUACCUGUAUAAAAGACACCUGUCCACACACUCAAUCAAACAGACUCCAACCUCUCCACAAUGACCAAGACCAGAGAGCUGUGUAAGGACAUCAGGGAUAAAAUUGUAGACCUGCACAAGGCUGGGAUGGGCUACAGGACAAUAGGCAAGUAGCUUGGUGAGAAGGCAACAACUGUUGGCGCAAUUAUUAGAAAAUGGAAGAAGUUCAAGAUGACGGUCAAUCACCCUCGGUCUGGGGCUCCAUGCAAGUUCUCACCUCGUGGGGCAUCAAUGAUCAUGAGGAAGGUGAGGGAUCAGCCCAGAACUACACGGCAGGACCUGGUCAAUGACCUGAAGAGAGCUGGGACCACAGUCUCUAAGAAAACCAUUAGUAACACACUACGCCAUCAUGGAUUAAAAUCCUGCAGCGCACGCAAGGUCCCCCUGCUCAAGCCAGCGCAUGUCCAGGCUCGUCUGAAGUUUGCCAAUGACCAUCUGGAUGAUCCAGAGGAGGAAUGGGAGAAGGUAAUGUGGUCUGAUGAGACAAAAAUAUAGCUUUUUGGUCAAAACUCCACUCGCCGUGUUUGGAGGAAGAAGAAGGAUGAGUACAACCCCAAGAACACCAUCCCAACCGUGAAGCAUGGAGGUGGAAACAUCAUUCUUUGGGGAUGCUUUUCUGCAAAGGGGACAGGACGACUGCACCGUAUUGAGGGGAGGAUGGAUGGGGCCAUGUAUCGCGAGAUCUUGGCCAACAACCUCCUUCCCUCAGUAAGAGCAUUGAAGAUGGGUCGUGGCUGGGUCUUCCAGCAUGACAACGACCCGAAACACACAGCCAGGGCAACUAAAGAGUGGCUCCGUAAGAAGCAUCUCAAGGUCCUGGAGUGGCCUAGCCAGUCUCCAGACCUGAACCCAAUAGAACAUCUUUGGAGGGAGCUGAAAGUCUGUAUUGCCCAGCGACAGCCCCGAAACCUGAAGGAUCUGGAGAAGGUCUGUGGAGGAGUGGGCCAAAAUCCCUGCUGCAGUGUGUGCAAACCUGGUCAAGACCUACAGGAAACGUAUGAUCUCUGUAAUUGCAAACAAAUGUUUCUGUACCAAAUAUUACGUUCUGCUUUUCUGAUGUAUCAAAUACUUAUGUCAUGCAAUAAAAUGCAAAUUAAUUACUUAAAAAUCAUACAAUGUGAUUUUCUGGAUUUUUGUUUUAGAUUCCGUCUCUCACAGUUGAAGUGUACCUAUGAUAAAAAUUACAGACCACUACAUGCUUUGUAAGUAGGAAAACCUGCAAAAUCGGCAGUGUAUCAAAUACUUGUUCUCCCCACUGUAUAUACACUACUAUAUAUAUAUAUAUAUAUAUAUAUAUAUAUAUAUAUAUAUAUAUAUAUAUAUAUAUAUAUAUUGUAUACCUAAAGGUGUCCUAAAAUUCUAAAUCAAAUAGCUAAAUGAUCCAUGAUAUCACCUUCUUAAAACAAUUUUUCCAAAAAAUCACAUUGUAGGAUUUUUUAUGAAUUUAUUUGCAAAUUAUGGUGGAAAAUAAGUAUUUGGUCACCUACAAACAAGCAAGAUUUCUGGCUCUCACAGACCUGUAACUUCUUUUUUAAGAGGCUCCUCUGUCCUCCACUCGUUACCUGUAUUAAUGGCACCUGUUUGAACUUGUUAUCAGUAUAAAAGACACCUGUCCACAACCUCAAACAGUCACACUCCAAACUCCACUAUGGCCAAGACCAAAGAGCUGUCAAAGGACACCAGAAACAAAAUUGUAGACCUGCACCAGGCUGGGAAGACUGAAUCUGCAAUAGGUAAGCAGCUUGGUUUGAAGAAAUCCACUGUGGGAGCAAUUAUUAGGAAAUGGAAGACAUACAAGACCACUGAUAAUCUCCCUCGAUCUGGGGCUCCACACAAGAUCUCACCCCGUGGGGUCAAAAUGAUCACAAGAACGGUGAGCAAAAAUCCCAGAACCACACGGGGGGACCUAGUGAAUGACCUGCAGAGAGCUGGGACCAAAGUAACAAAGUCUACCAUCAGUAACACAUUUUACAUUUACAUUUUAGUCAUUUAGCAGACGCUCUUAUCCAGAGCGACUUACAGGAGCAAUUAGGGUUAAGUGCCUUGCUCAAGGGCACAUUUACGUCAUUUAGCAGACGCUCUUAUCCAGAGCGACUACAAAUUGGUGCAUUCACCCUAUAGCCAGUGGGAUAACCACUUAACAAUUAUACUAUUUUUUUUUUGUUUUUUAUUUAUUUAUUUAUUUAUUUAUUUAUUUUUUUUUGGGGGGGGGGGGGGGGGGGGGGGGGGUAGAAGGAUUACUUUAUCCUAUCCCAGGGGUUCCUUAAAGAGGUGGGGUUUCAAAUGUCUCCGGAAGGUGGUGAGUGACUCCGCUGUCCUGGCGUCGUGAGGGAGCUUGUUCCACCAUAGGGGUGCCAGAGCAGCGAACAGCUUUGACUGGGCUGAGCGGGAACUAUGCUUCCGCAGAGGAAGGGGAGCCAGCAGGCCAGAGGUGGAUGAACGCAAUGCCCUCGCCUGGGUGUAGGGACUGAUCAGAGCCUGAAGGUACGGAGGUGCCGUUCCCCUCACUGCUCCAUAGGCAAGCACCAUGGUCUUGUAACGGAUGCGAGCUUCAACUGGAAGCCAGUGGAGUGUGCGGUGGAGGGGGGUGACGUGAGAGAACUUGGGAAGGUUGAACACCAGACGGGCUGCGGCAUUCUGGAUGAGUUGUAGGGGUUUAAUGGCACAGGCAGGGAGCCCAGCCAACAGCGAGUUGCAGUAAUCCAGACGGGAGAUGACAAGUGCCUGGAUUAGGACCUGUGCCGCUUCCUGUGUAAGGCAGGGUCGUACUCUCCGAAUGUUGUAGAGCAUGAACCUGCAGGAUCGGGUCACCGCCUUGAUGUUAGCGGAGAACGACAGGGUGUUGUCCAGGGUCACGCCAAGGCUCUUCGCACUCUGGGAGGAGGACACAACGGAGUUGUCAACCGUAACACACUACGCCGCCAGGGACUCAAAUCCUGCAGUGCCAGACGUGUCCCCCUGCUUAAGCCAGUACAUGUCCAGGCCCGUCUGAAGUUUGCUAGAGUGCAUUUGGAUGAUCCAGAAGAGGAUUGGGAGAAUGUCAUAUGGUCAGAUGAAACCAAAAUAGAACUUUUUGGUAAAAAACUCAGCUCGUCGUGUUUGGAGGACAAAGAAUGCUGAGUUGCAUCCAAAGAACACCAUACCUACUGUGAAGCAUGGGGGUGGAAACAUCAUGCUUUGGGGCUGUUUUUCUGCAAAGGGACCAGGACGACUGAUCUGUGUAAAGGAAAGAAUGAAUGGGGCCAUGUAUCGUGAGAUUUUGAGUGAAAACCUCCUUCCAUUAGCAAGGGCAUUGAAGAUGAAACGUGGCUGGGUCUUUCAGCAUGACAAUGAUCCCAAACACACCGCCCAGGCAACGAAGGAGUGGCUUCGUAAGAAGCAUUUCAAGGUCCUGGAGUGGCCUAGCCAGUCUCCAGAUCUCAACCCCAUAGAAAAUCUUUGGAGGGAGUUGAAAGUCCGUGUUGCCCAGCGACAGCCCCAAAACAUCACUGCUCUAGAGGAGAUCUGCAUGGAGGAAUGGGCCAAAAUACCAGCAACAGUGUGUGAAAACCUUGUGAAGACUUACAGAAAACGUUUGACCUGUGUCAUUGCCAACAAAGGGUAUAUAACAAAGUAUUGAGAAACUUUUGUUAUUGACCAAAUACUUAUUUUCCACCAUAAUUUGCAAAUAAAUUCAUUAAAAAUCCUACAAUGUGAUUUUCUGGAUUUUUUUUCCUAAUUUUGUCUGUCAUAGUUGAUGUGUACCUAUGAUGAAAAUUACAGGCCUCUCCCAUCUUUUUAAGUGGGAGAACUUGCACAAUUGGUGGCUGACUAAAUACUUAUUUUCCCCACUGUAUGUCAGUUUAGAACCCCCCCCCCCCACCCCCCACAACAGCUUAGAAUUUUAAGAAUGAACCACAAAAUUCUCUUCUGUAGUGUCCAAGAAGCCCCUCCCUCCAACCCCGGACCCACAGGUAAACAUGCAUGACAAGUCGUCUCUAUUUACUUCACUGUGCCUGUAAACGUACAGUAUGUUGCUCUGAGUCAUAUUAAUGCUAAUGAUCAGUGUUUCCCUUACAUCGUGCCCAUAGCGGCGGCUCUCUGACCCGGGCCAGAGGGUGGUGGUUGUGCUACAGAACUACAGUCCCCAUGGAGACACAGAGCUGCCCCUUCACAAAGACCAGGAGUACAUCCUGACUGACAGCUCCCACCAUGACUGGUGGACCAUACAGGACCUCAGAGGGUAAGGAGAGACAGCAUAAUAACCAUAUGACAACCCUAUGUCAACCCUAUGAAAACCCUAUGAUAACUCUGUGACAACCCCAUGACAACCUUAUGACAACCCUAUGAUAACUCUAUGAGCCUCUCUGUAAUAUGUAUUAAUGGCUGUGUAGUUGUACACAGUAGUCAUCCCAUUUUGUCCUUUCCUUCAAUAGAAACUCAGGUUUUGUACCUUGCGUGUAUAUAGCGGAAAAAUCCUGCAACAACUUCAACAGAUUUGAGUGAGUCUGAUUUAUAUCAAAUACAAUUUUCCUGACUAUUUAUAUAGUGUAAGAUAACAAUUGUUGUUUGUUGUUUAUAAUUCCCGUUCUUUUUUUCCCAGAUGGUAAAACAAAGACAUAGUAAGAGGGAGAGCUGAGGGACUGCUGAUGACCAAGGUAAAACAACGCUGACCGUCUUCGGUUUGGUGUUCAACUGUACUACAGAAGCGAGAGGAAAGACACUGUGGGCCUGAUUCAAUCAAAAAGCAAGGUUAUCAGAAUUAGAACCAGACAAAACUAAAACUAGAGAGAAAGCAUGUUUUUGUUAUCCCUAAAAAAGAAUAUGUGUAAAAAUUAUGUUUUAUUUAAUUGAUCAUGUUUGAGAAUGAGAUGAUCAUGUUUUGAAUUUAUCCUGAAAAUCUGGUUACCUGAUUUGAUUGAAUACAAUCCUGUAUCUUGCCCCAGCAGCACGGAUGUAAAAGCUGCAUUUUGCAAGAUGCAUGCACAUACACACACACACACACACACACACACACACACACAGAGAGAGAGUGAAACAUGACAUUUGAAACGGCGGUGCAGUUUGCUCAGGUCCAGGAUUUCCUGUGUAAAGGUGUCAUGCUGGGUUUUACAGACAGAUGAGACAGCGCAUGGUGACAGUGGGAGGGUAGGGUUAGGGUUGUGUAGUGUGACGGUGGGAGGGUAGGGUUAGGGUUGUGUAGUGUGACGGUGGGAGGGUAGGGUUAGGGUUGUGUAGUGUGACGGUGGGAGGGUAGGGUUAGGGUUGUGUAGUGUGACGGUGGGAGGGUAGGGUUAGGGUUGUGUAGUGUGACGGUGGGAGGGUAGGGUUAGGGUUGUGUAGUGUGACGGUGGGAGGGUAGGGUUGUGAAGUGUGACGGUGGGGGGGUAGGAUUAGGGUUGUGUAGUGUGAUGGUGGGAGGGUAGGGUUGUGUAGUGUGACGGUGGGAGGGUAGGGUUAGGGUUGUGUAGUGUGACAGUGGGUGGGAGGGUAGAAUGGGUGUUGUGCAUUUCAAGCUCCUGUCCUGGGGUGAGUCUCACUGUGUCAAGUCUCAUGUCAAGCCUUAUUCCCAUAAUAUUCAAUAUUUCAUAUUGAUUGAAAAUGCAACAUCCACGUAACUAAAGUAUGAUAUGACAUACAACAAAUUCUACGUAAUGAACUCAACAGAUGCAAUUGGCAUGAAUUAUACAGAAUUGUGACUGAUGAUUAUGAUUCAUCCUACUCAAAUGAAAUGUUGUGUUGGUUUGUGCAGGGAAAGGAAGGAACCUUUAUGGUGCGAGACUCAGGCAUACAGGCGUCUACACUGUGUCUGUCUUCAAUAAAGCCCCAGGGUAACUACUGCCUGUUUCAGCCAUGUCACUCAGAGACUCCAGGCAUGCAGGCGUCUACACUGUGUCUGUCUUCACUAAAGCCCCAGGGUAACUACUGCCUGUUUCAGCCAUGUCACUCAGCUUCAAUGACAGUCAGUUAAAGGGGCAAUCUGUGAUUGGUAUUUGGACAUCCCUAGCUCUGUCUAUGAAUUUGAAAGUGGUUAUAUGUCUCCAGCCCCAUCCCUCAGCUUUUUACCAAAACAGUGGUGGGUUGGCUGCAAAUAAUUAAAGCUUUGUUAUUGUUUGAACUGCAUAUUGCCCUUUAAAGAUUUUGCUAUGACAUACAGUAGUUACAUGAUGAUGAACCACAUUCAGGUCCAACGGGCAGAAGAACCCGUGGGUGAAGCACUACCAGAUCAGAGAGUCAGAGACAGAGGAGACGUCCAAGUUUUACCUGGCAGAGAAAUACCUGUUCAGCACCAUCCCUGAGCUCAUCCAGUACCACCGACACAACGCUGCAGGUAAUUAGUUUAUCAGCACCAUCCCUGAGCUACCUUAUACACAUGUUUACAGCCAGGCCAGUGUGACCUAUUUUGAUGUGUACCCAGGUCGUCUGUGUACCACAAAACUGUGUAUGUUAGUCCGUUGAGAUAAAGCCUAGGCAUCUUCAGGUGUCAUGUAAGGUUCAACCAGCACAUGUGAAUCUCCCACAGUAGAGAGGGAAAUGGGAGAUGAGCAUUAAUGUAGUGUGAAAUGGUUUUAUAUAUUCUAUGGUCCCGAUGUUCUUCCCUUAGUAUAGGGUGCAAUCGUUUCCCUGCAUCAACAUUCUACAGAGGAAACUGCCUGUAAAAUAAGAGUUAAUGUAUUCUAUUGUUGAGGCUGAAUAGCCUAAAGCCUCUACAUUAUCUAACUACCGGUAUAUGCAAAUGUAGUUUUGUUGUUUCAUCUUGACAUUCACCCUGUGUGUGUGUGUGUGUGUGUGUGUGUGUGUGUGUGUGUGUGUGUGUGUGUGUGUGUGUGUGUGUGUGUGUGUGUGUGUGUGUGUGUGUGUGUGUGUGUGUGUGUGUGUGUGUGUGUGUGUGUGUGUGUGUGUGUGUGUGUGUGUGUGUGUGUGUGUGUGUGUGUGUGUGUGUGUGUGUGUGUGUGUGUGGGGGGGGUGUGCUUGCACUCGUGCGAGUGUGUGUUCUCUGCAGGUAUGAUCAUGCGAUUGACACAUCCUUUCUCUCAGGGUAGAGAGAGCUCUCAGAGCCCUACGGAACUCUCAGAAGGUCAGAGGUCGAUCUGCUGCUCCUGCCUCCAUGAAGCCAGCAGCCAUUUUGUUUGGUUAUUGAUUAUGGAAGUUACCAUAGAGAUAGUUAGAGGACUCAUGUUUGUAUCUGUGCCAUUAUAGCGUCUGUUACAGUAUGGGCAGAUGAGUCCUCUAAAUAUCUCUAUGGAAGUGAUCUAACCCUGAAUUUACAAGCAUUUCACUACACCCGCAAUAACAUCUGCUAAAUAUGUGUAUGUGACCAAUAAAAUUUGAUUUGAUGACAAUUAUAAAGAUCAAACACAAAGCAGAUAACACACCAAACGCUUAUAUGUUACAGAUACGUUUCUGUGUAAUGAAGAUACACUUAAACAAAACAUAUGCAUGAUAGUGCGAAUUGGCAUGUGUUUUGCUAUUCUAAAAGCAUUAGGACUGGGAUGAUAUAAGUGGUAAUGUAAGGUAGACACCUGCGUAAUGAGGUAACCAGGUGUAGCAGCCCCAGGUGUUACCAAUAGGCAGGCAGCUCCACCCUGAAAACCUUUCAGACAGGAGGGACCACCUGGAGGAGAAUGUGGCAGGCAACCACAGUGUACCAUGUUGUGUUCAGGCUUGAUGUAUUUUCCAAUAAUUGCAUUAGUAUGUCAUUAUUACCUAUGCACUCUCUCUCCGCCUCCCCCCUCCCUCUCCCCCUCCCUCUCCCUACCUCACCCUCCAGAUCAGUGGAAGGUGGACCCGGCAGAGCUGACCCUGGGUGAGGAAGUGGCCAGCGGUCAGUUUGGCCUGGUACUCCAGGGGCGGUGGAGGGAGCGCAGGGUAGCUGUGAAGAUGGUCAGGGAGGGAGCUAUGUCUGAGGAGGACUUCAAAGAGGAGGCCAGGGUCAUGAUGUGAGUGGACCUUAUAGUGGAGGGAACAUCUUAGAAGACACCCUAUUCCCUACAUAGUGGACUAAUUUAACCAGUCUACUCACGUGAAAUGCAGGGCUGAGCCUCAAAUGACACCCCGGUCCCAUACUAUGUAAUGAACUACUUUUGAUCAGAGCGUGUGUGUGGGUGUUUGUGCAUACGUGUGCCUGUGUGUGUGUGUCCGUGUUGCAGGAUGCGGUCCCACUGUAAGCUGGUGCAGCUGUAUGGUGUGUGUACCCAGCAUUCUCCCAUGUGUCUGGUGUUUGAGUUGAUGGAGCAGGGCUGCCUGUCGGACUACCUCCGAGCCAGGAGGGGGCGUAUGUCCCAGGACACCCUACGGGGGAUGUGUCUAGACAUCAGUGAAGGGAUGGCAUACCUGGAGAGCAACAACUUCAUCCACAGAGACCUGGUAACCCACCCAAAGACACUUUCAGACCUGAACAUGUGUGUUUGUGUGAGUGUGUGUGCAUGUGCGUGCGUACGUUCUUGCUUGCGUGCGAGCUUGUUUAGUCAAGUCAAGUCACAAUUUAUUUUAAGUGCAUGUCACAAGUCUCAACACACUUUACAGAUACAAUUUUAAUUUAUUUAUAUAAACAAAACACAGAACAACUUAGCAUCAAGGAACUGUAAGAUAUCUCAGCUUGGUGAAGGCCUAGAUGUAUAUUCAGUGAUAAUGGAGUGUAUAGUAUAUAAGUAUAUAAGUGUGUGUUCUGAACCCAACCCUCACAGACAGCCAGAAACUGUCUGGUCUCCUACAACAACGUGGUGAAGGUGUCUGAUUUUGGCAUGACCAGGUGAGUUUGUGACAGACAGGUUUAUGACCAUUGAGGUUGUGUGUUUUCAAUAAAGGCCAGAAUAUAUGGUGAUUCAGGAUGAAGAGCAGUUGAAGACUUGAACCAGUGACCCACCCUGAGAUAACAGGGGAACUACCACCUGUGCAUUAAAUGGUCAGACUCGGUAGGGGGCUAAGUGCAUCUAUACAUGGAAGCUGCAGAGAUGCACAUAGAUAACCGUGUGUGUCCUCUCCUCUCCUACCAGGUUUGUUCUAGACGACCAGGACACCAGCUCUCAGGGCUCUAAGUUCCCCAGCAAGUGGUCUUCUCCUGAGGUCAUCAAGUACUGCAAGUUCAGCAGCAAGUCUGACGUCUGGUCAUUUGGUAGAUUUAGUAGUUUCUCUCUGAGACUGUUGUGCAUUGUCAGACACUGAGCUUCUUCAACUUAGAAACCAUUAUCAUACUAGAGGUAUGAUGAAUGAAUGUUGAAUCUCCCCUCUCCUACCCUCUUCCUCCCCACUCCUCUCCUCGCCUCCCCUCCCCUUCUCCCCACUCUUCCCCUCUCCUUCUCCCCUCUCCUCCCCACUCCUCUCCUCUCCUGCCCUCCCCUCCUCUCCAGCCCUCCUCUCCUCUCCUGCCCUCCCCUCCUCCCCACUCCUCCCCUCUCCUCCCCACUCCUCUCCUCUCCUGCCCUCCCCUCCUCUCCUGCCCUCCCCUCCUCCCCACUCCUCCCCUCCCCUCCUCUCCUCCAGGUGUGUUUAUGUGGGAGGUGUAUACGGAGGGGCGUCUGCCCUAUGAGAACCGGCCUAAUGGUGAGGUGGUGGAUGCCCUGAAUGCAGGCCUGAGGCUGCUGAAACCCAGACAGGCCCCAGAGGCUGUGCACCUCCUCAUGGAGUGGUGCUGGAAGGUGUAGGUGGGAAGGAUCUACCUGUUUCACACACACUGUAGCUUACUGACUCACUGGACUGUUAGGUUAGGUUUGUUGGUGGGUGUGGUGUGGUUGUAGUGUGGUGGGUGGGGGGUGGGUGGUUGAGUGGGUGGGGGGGGGGGGGGGGGGGGGUGUAAGGGGGUGUGGUGGGGGUGGGGUGUUGUAUGUAGGUGGGGGUGUGGGUGGGUGUGGGGGGGGUGUAUGGGUGGGGGUGGGUGUAGGUGGGGUGGGGGGUGGGGUGGGGAGGGGGGGGGUUUGCGUGGGGGGUGUAGUGUGGGUGGUGGUGUGUGGGUGGGUGUAGGUGGUGGUGUGGGGGGGGGUGUUAUGGGGGGUGGUGUGUGGGUGUGGUGUAGGUGUGGGGGUGGGUGGCGUUUGGGUGGGUGGUAGUUGGCGGUGUGUGGGUGUGUGUGUGUGUAUUAGGCGAGGGGGGGGUUAGUGUGGGGUGCGGUGGGUAUUUGUGGGUGCGGUGUAGUGUGUCGGGGGGUGGUCAGUUGGGGUGGGGGGUGUGUAGUGUGGGUGUGUGGUGGUGGUUGUGUGGUAUUUAUGGGUGGGUUGUAGUGGUGGGUGUGUGUGUGUGUGUAUUUAUGGUUGGGGUGUAUGUGGGGUGUGUGUGUAUUUAUGGUUGGGUGUAGUGUGGGUGGGUAUUUGUGGGUGGGUGUAGUGUGGGUGGGUGUGAUACAGUAGACCCAAACUCAGUCCUGGGGACCCCAAGGGAUGCACAUUUAGUUUUUUCUCUAGAACUACACAGCUGAUUCAAAUAAUCAAAGCUUGAUGAUGAGUUGAUUAUUGGAAUCAGUGCUAGGGUAAAAAAACCGAAAGGUGCUUCCCUUGGGGUCCCCAGGACCGAGUUUGGGAAGCGUUGCAGUAGACAGACUCACCUUUAUCUUACUGAUUCAGCUUGGUAGGUUGGUUCACCUGUGCACUUAGUGUAGCAUGUGUUUUAAGGAUAAUGUUCUGGGAUUUAUGUCUCUUCCUGUGUAGAAACCAGACGACCGUCCAUCCUUUGCUCUCCUGCUGCACGAGCUGGCCUCGCUCUCAGACCUCUGA